AUCAUAUGAUUCGGAACUCUUUAUAUCUGUCUUUAUAUUCACGAAAUCACUAAACUUCAGCAAAUAAAAGAUAUAAAUUAACCUGAUCUUGUGAUUUGUAAACAAAAAAAUGGAAAAGGAAACCAAAAGAUUAAUUGAAAGUCGUCCUGCGCCCGAUUCAACGUCUGCUCCUCUGUUCCAUGAUAGCAGUCAGUCUCCAACUGCAAAGCGGUUACAGUAUGCCUUUGUAGGAAUAGUAGUGAUCAUGGUCCUUAUAAGCAUUGGUCUGAGUAUAUACAGGGGAGCUGUGACUGGAGUCAAUAAUGGUCUCUACUUUAUGCUGGGCAUAAGUCUUAUAGGAUUUGUUGUCAUAGAAAUAUUUCUUAUCCGGUUUAUAAGAAAUGAAGAUCUUCCUAAAGAAAAGUCCUGGUUCUUAUACUUUGUUGGAGCAUGUGUUAUAUUAGAAGCUAUCUUUACAAAUGUUCUACUAUUUGAUGAGAAUUGAUUGACUCUGUGAAAUUGAGAGAAGGAAACAAUGGAUACUCUGUUAAUACAUAUUAAACACUAUGGAUUUAUAUUCUUGUAAAUACGUAUAUAUUUCAGUUGAAAAUAGAAUGUGUAUAUCAUGUUAUGUAUAUUUUUGGAAAUUAUUUUAACUAUACUUAUAGUGUUAAAAACAUUUUGGUGUGCCAUUGUACAAGCAAAUGGAUAAUACCAAGAGCAUAACUCUUAAAAUAUAUGGAUAAAGAUAUGUAUGUUCUUCUUAUUCAUUAAGUUACAUUGUUAAUGUAACUAUACAUGUUGGCACUGUAAUGCUGCCUUUAGACAUUUGAUACAGUCUUUCCCUAGAUACUAUAACACUUAUUAUCCCAACAUGAAGUUCGGUAGGGAUAUAGUUAAGCCCUCUGUCCAUCCGUAUGUCUGUCAGUCCAUCCGUCUGUCUGUCCAUCCGUCCUUCCAGAAGAUAACAAGAAUACUAGUGGACAGAUUUGCUUCAAAAUUGCUGGAAAGAUGUACGUAUAUUGGUGGAUAGUUUUAUGCAAAAAUAUAUUUAAGAUGGCCGCCGCUUUUGAAAUGACGUGAAUAGGAAUUUUACUUUAAUUUUGAGAUCUUUCUAAAAUAUAGCUUUAUUAUACUCAAAUGAAAGGAAAUGAAAAGUAGAUUGCA